GGUGCAGCGCCGCGGCCGCCGCUGACAGCGCCGCGCUCGCAGGUCCCUGCCCGCAGCUCUGCCGCUGCUGCCAGCCUGCUCCCGGGUCCGGCCCCCUCGUCCGCCUCGCCCGUGGGAUUAACUCGCCUAUGGAGACAUGGUCCUAGCUGAAUUAUUUAAAGACACCUAAGCACAGAAUUCCCCCAGCAGUCAGACUGAUUUCUCAAUGGAGCCCCGGAUCCCUCACAACAUCACCGUUGUCCCCAACUCUGUGAUGGUGCAGCCCUUGCUGGACAGCCGGAUCCCCUACGGGCGGCUGCAGCACCCUCUGACCAUCCUGCCCAUCGACCAGAUGAAGAGCACCCACCUGGAGAACGACUACACCGACAACCCCGGCGCUGCCCAGCCGCCCGCCCAGAAGCGGCCCCGAGCCCCCCACGAGCCGGGCUCGGCCGGCCAGCCCCCGCAGCGCUGCGAGCAGGACGUCACCCACCCCUGGAUCUCCUUCAGCGGGCGCCCCAGCUCCAUCAGCAGCAGCAGCAGCACGUCCUCGGACCAAAGGCUGCUGGACCACAUGGCCCCGGUGCCCGUGGCGGAGCAGUCGUCCCCCCGCGCCGUCCGCAUCCAGCCCAAGGCCAUCAACUGCAAGCCCCUGGACCUGAAGGGCCCCGUGUCCCAGGAGCUGGACAAGCACUUCCUGCUGUGCGAGGCCUGUGGGAAGUGCAAGUGCAAGGAGUGUGCCCUGCCCCGGACUCUGCCCUCGUGCUGGGUGUGCAACCAGGAGUGCCUGUGCUCGGCGCAGAACCUGGUCAACUACUCCACCUGCAUGUGCCUGGUCAAGGGCGUCUUCUACCACUGCACCAACGAGGACGACGAGGGCACGUGUGCCGACCAGCCCUGCUCCUGCUCCCAGUCCAACUGCUGCGCCCGCUGGUCCUUCAUGAGCGCCCUGUCCCUGGUGCUGCCCUGCCUGCUCUGCUACCUGCCCGCCACCGGCUGCGUCAAGCUGUCCCAGAGAUGCUACGACCGAGUGAGCCGGCCCGGGUGCAGGUGCAAAAACACAAACAGUGUCAUUUGCAAGGCAUUGCCCGAGAGCAAAGGGGCAGAAAAGCCCUUUUAAUGGUGGAGUUGGGAGGAUGCUCUGCGGAGCAGGGUGGGGUUGGCUCUUUUUAAUAACCUGUGUUCUGAGGAGAGCGUCGGCCUCUUGCCUUUGGGGAAAGCGGAAGCAACUAUUUCCACAAACUGAAGCACUUUGGGUUAUUCAGGGUUUUUGGAACUGGUCGCAGCUUAAAGAGAUGGGGCCAAAGGAGGAAUGUUAAUAAUGCAGAGUGAAGGCUGCAAACCCAUGUACAUCAUGAAGUACAGCUGCUGAAAAACUCCCAGCUCGGAGGGACGGCUGCUCACCAGGCCUGCACACCACAGGAACCAUUAACUGCUCGCUUGGCAGGCGCUGCCUCACAGCCAAUCCCCAUUCCCAGCUGCAAAAAGCUGCUUUGAAUUCACAUUCAGGGCAGGCUACUUGCUUCCUGUCUCCUUCCAAACCCCAGCUCGCUCCCAGCAGCCUGUUGAAGGUGAUGGGGGAACUCUCUCCACCCUCCUUCCCUCCUAGACACCACUCCAAGGGCUGGUUGCACACCAAGUACGUGUCUCUCAAAAGCUUUCUGUGUCCCUCAAAGCUUUUUGGACCAGAAGGGAAGCUACCUUUCAUUUGUUGACAGGUCUUCUGCCCUUUGGGUGCAUCCCACCCGGCCCCGCUGGUCUGGACCCUCUUUCUAAAGCAGGAUGGUAGCAGGGCUGCUCCUCCCAGGAGGAGCUGCAGCGGGAUGUGUUCAGGCAGUUGUACCAACACCGGGUCCUCCUGCCUGUAAGCUGAUCUGUGGCAUCAGGUUUCACUCGAUGGAAUAUGAGUUUUCCCUCAGCAGAGCAGCCCCUGUGCAGGAGGAAGGGGCUGAUCCCGUUUCCCCCAGGCCCACCUGGCUCCCAGAGCAAAGGGGAUGCAACUCCCUUCACAAAGCAAAGACGAGCAGAGUUUGCCCCUCUAAACCUCUUCAGCUCUGGUAAGAAGUCCCACAAACCUAAGUGUACGAUGCACAUAGAUGUAUUUUUCUAGGGAUCUCAAUCCAGUACCUCCCCUCCUGGAACAAGCCCUUCUUUGCUCAUUAGAUACUGGGAUUUGUUUUUGUCCUGGGGUGAAUGGCAUUUGCUUGAAGUACAGCACAUUCCCCCACCCCUAUUGCUGCUGUUUGACUUUUGCCUCUUCUGUACAAAAGUGUCUUUUUCAAUGUAAAGAAUGCUUUUAGUGUUUAUUUUAGUGUUAACACACACCAGGAGAAGCCAGGGGAAGGAAGAGAGCGCAGUUAACGAGUGGGCCCAUGGGUUUCAGCACAGAAUUAUUGGCUCUGUCCCUGCCCUCAUCCUGGGGCUGUUCUGCCUGCCCCAAGGAUGCUGUGAUCCCUCUCUCCUGACAACCACAAGGUGCUAAACAAGAAUCCUGGUCCAGACAUGCAACACUCUAAUGAGUAGGUAGGUACUUGAUGCAUGCAGAACACUGACCUAGUCUUUCUUGGUGUUUUUAAUUAGGGGAGAUUUCCUCAGUAAAUGCACAGCAGUGACAGUGAAAUGUCAUCUGUAAUUAGACAAGCAAUAGGCAGAGCUCAUGUAGCAUUUCCAGGAAUGCCCUUGGCCAGGGUAGGGGCUGGCAGGAGUACUCUAGUGUCUUUGGGUUUCAGAAUUCAGCUCAGCUGGAUGGCUUGGGGUUUAGCUCAAUGGAAUUGUAGAUAUUUAUUGAAUGGGGGAGAUUAAAAAAAAGAAAACCAACCUACUUUUCUAUUUAUAACAUUGUUAGCUUGUACAUGCUGAAUCAGAGAAAAAAGGAUGAAAUAUCCAUUACCAGAUACCAGUUCCUAUAGGGCAGCCCUCAUGCUGACUGUAUGUGGGCACAGGUGGGGAUCCAGAGCUGUAUUUAUUAUCUUGCACAAGUUGGAGGGGGAAAGAAAAAAGGAAAACCAACCCCAAACUAGCUGAACUGCUGGUUGAAUGUAUAAGAUAUUGUAUUUAGUAAAAGAAAUCAUUUUCCUAAGAUACAAACAAGCCAGAAAAGGCCAGCAGGAGAGGUAUUUACCUGCUGCCCUCCUCUGUUGGGACCACACAUGUCCAAAUGGCCCCCACCCACGGCUGCCUUGCCUUUCUGACCCUCUGUUCCUGGGGAAUUGUGCUGAAAACCUGCACUGGCAGAGCCCAUGGCUUGGCUGCAUGGUCCUUGUGAGCAAAGGCAGUGCUGGAAUGGUGGCCACUGUGCCAGUCUACACUCAUGUACACAGCCCAGCCCUCCCAGCUGGGCUCCCUCUCACUGUACAUAGCUGUAAACUAUUUCUCUGUCGAUUUGUUCCAAUAUCUCAGCCCUGUGAGCCGUGCUGGGGCCUGCCCAGCCUCGUGGAUGUGUUAGAGCAGUGGUCAGUGUAGCAGAGUGAGCCUCCCUCCUCCCCUAGCCCAAGGCAGGGCAGGAGGGUGCUGAGCCCUGUCUGGAGCCAGGGCUGUGCCAGAGGGAGCAGCUCCUGUCAGUAAAAUCCACAUUCCCUCUCCUCCCCAUCCCAACACUCCAUCCCUCACUCCCUGUGAAGGUACGUGGGUCUGCUGCCACCCCAGAGAUGUACCAUGGGCACCCCAAUGUCACCAUGUCACAGCCCCACAGCUCUGCCAUCCUCCCAGGGCAGAGCCCCUGCUAAUUAAUGAAGGGACAGCUGCUAAUGAAGGGACAGCUGCUAAUGAGCACAGACCUCUGCAGCAUGGCACUGAGGUGGGACGCUCACAGAGGCAGGAGGGCAGGCCAGGGCAGCUGCCCCUGGCACCCAUGCCAUGCUCUGGGGGAGCAGGAGGAUGGCAGGGCACCUGCACUGCUAAUUGCUGCAGCUCUGCUAAUUGCUGCAGCAGGUUCACGGCAGGCUUUGCCCCUGCCCUCACACAACAGCCCAGACAGCCACAAGGGGGGACCUGAGGGUGCUGGCAAUGCCACGCCACAUUGCCAGUGACCCUGUCACACCCUGUCACCACAGCCCUGUGCUCACCAGGUGCCAGGGGCAGAUCCCAGAUUGGUGCUCCCUGGGCACUGGCUUUGCCACCCUGAUGGGCCCUCACCCUUCCCAGCACUGGGAAUUCCCUUCCCCUCCCACGCUCAGACACCCUGAGAAAUAUUUCCCCCAUCUCCUCUUACCGCCCCCUCACAUGUACACCCUGAAAAGUUACCACAGAAGGUUUUUCUUUGUAUAGAAUAUUUAUUUUGAAGCUCUAUUUUAAUAGUAUUUAUUUUAGAAAGUCUACUAUUGUAAGAGUUCUUCUGUUUGUGAAGAAAGCAAGUACUGAUGAAUGUACUGAUCUAGAAAUUAUAUAUAUAUAUAAAUAUA